AUGACAUCAUCUGUCAUUGAUGAAUCUACCCAAGUUCAAUACAACACUAGUCUUUUUCAUUGGGCAUCUCUACGGAGGAUCAGUAACAAGAUCUAUCCGAGUUCUAAACGACAUCCCACUGCCGUCACAAAAGCUUCCUCGGCUGCCAACACGUUACUCGGGCUACCGACGGUGAUCGCAGCGAGCGGAGUCAUCGUGAUUGGAACUGCCAAGGGAUGGGCUAUGGUCUUUGACUAUGCCUCUAAUCUGAAAUGCGUGCUGGGUACGGAUCUGAUCGCAAUCUCUCAUGAUCAUACCUUUGUGGCCGUUGGUCAUACGAUGGGCUACAUUUACCUCUACGAUCUAGCUAAAUCGAAACAACCGGCAAGAUCAGUAAUCCCAACGAGUAUGAGAUUAGUUCAAGCUGGUCGAUCAGAGGGUCACCUCACAGGUCAUCGAAUCAUUCAUCUCGGUUUCGUCGGACUCAGACACACAGCCAUCGUAUCAGCGGAUGAAAGCGGGUUGGCCUUUUAUCAUCACUUGGGACAAGUUUUGGGUUUAGCAUCCACAGACGUAAUUAGGAUCUUGGGAAAAUAUCCAGAUACGACACUGAAUCCAUCACGUAGAUCGACCAAGAUCUUUGGAUCAUCUCCUUUACCUCUUGGUCCAUCACCACAUCUUACUGAUCAACACUCGCUGGUAGCUCUACUCACCCCAACCAAACUCAUCAUAAUCGGUCUCAAACCCAGUGCUCGGACAUGGUGGAGGUGUAUGAGGAAUAUCACUCAUCCUAAUCAAUUGAAUGAGUGUGGUAGUCUUUGUUGGUUUCCAAGUUCUUCGAUCAAAGAUACGACCGAUCUCAAACGUUCAGUUGAUUCUUCAACCUUCAAACCAGAGACGCAUCAACCCAGCAAUCCAGUCAAUAGUGCGAUGGACCCUCUAUUGGCAUUUUCAUGGGGAAAAAAUAUUCGUUUUGUGACAGUAAUGUCAGAUGAAAAGAUAGAAGAAAGUACUCAGAAGGACGAGUUUGUAGAAGGAAAGAGUUGGACAUGCGAAUCUACUGUACAAGCGAUUCAGUGGCUAAAUUGGAGGAUCAUUUGUGUUCUCACCUCUACUCAUAUUGAAAUUAUUGAUACGCAAAUCUGGCGUAGGACUGGUAUGGAGUCUAUCGAUUUACGAGGAAUUGUGAAAUUGAACGUGUUCAGAGAUAGCUUUCAUCACACUCCAUCUGGCUCCAAGCCGACGACUCAUGAUUUACGGCUUGGGAUGGUCGUUUCAUGGGCCGAUCAAAUCUUGCAAUUGGUCGAAACUGGUUCAUUGACCAAGGCUGUUGAUCUUACCACAAGUUAUUGGUUUGGACGAGCUGAUCUUGAAACAAUCGGAUUACCAAGUGAAGAUUCAGUAAGACAAGCCUUAGUAAAACCAAAGCUCAAGGAAAUCAUGCUAGCUUCCUUAGAUUAUAUCUUUUCGGAUCGAAGGAUGGAAGAUGAUACUCACUAUGACUCAGAAGGGCGUGGUGUAGAUCGUACAGAACUAUUCGAAGGUUUUGUUCGUAGUUGUGCGAAAGCUUGUAUUGCGAUUGAAGAAUUCGAGUUUAUCUUUGAAGAUGCCUUUGAACGGUAUUCUGAUAACGGGAUUGAGACUAUCUUUUUGGAACAAAUUGGACCAUUUAUCAUUAGUUCUGAGAUCAACACUUUGCCUACUCUCAUCGUUCAACAUCUCAUCAGUCUACAUCAGGAUCGUGGAAGGUUCGAAACAGUUGAACAAAUCAUCUGGCAUGUCGAUCCGUCCUGUUUAGAUAUCCAACAAGCUCUUGAUAUUUGUUCUCGUCAACACCUAUAUGAUGCUUUGGUAUAUGUUUACACCGAAGCAAUGGGGGACUUUGUGGGUCCGUUGAUAGAAUUCGUACAACUCAUUCGUACCAUCCUACAUGAUCGUCAACAAGCUUAUGAAAACUUGGAAGACAUCAAUCGGAAGACAGAAAGCAUGGUAUCCAAUGCAUACAAAGUUUACGCCUAUCUCACCAAUUUAUUGACGGGGAUUUCAUAUCCGAGCAAAAAGAUCUAUGAACCAUCCAAGGCCAAUACGGCUAGAAUGUCGAUUUAUCAGUUUUUAUUCUCCGGUCAAUCCGUUCGUUGGCCAAUGCCACAUGGUACGCUAAUCUUGACAGUCGGAGAUGGUCAACAAGAACCCACUUAUCCUUAUCUAAGAAUGUUACUCAAGUUUGACUCGGAAGCCUUCCUUGAUACACUUGAUGGUGCAUUUGAAGAUUCAUGGUUACACGAUCAUCAUACGGAUGACAAUAAACGAACAAUAGUGAAUCGACAGUUUAUUGUGAACUUACUCUUGGAAGUGAUCUCGACUGGAACCGAUUUUACUUCAGCAAAUCGAAUGUUCUUGUACAUCUUCGUAGCAAGGAAUUUACCAAAAUAUUCACAAUUCUUAAACCUUUCAAGCUCAACGAUCCAUUCAAUCCUAGUCAAUCUUUCAAACGAUCUUGAUUUAAAUACAAGAGAAGAUCGAGAAUUAGCCGUUGAAUUUCUUUUAUCGGUUUAUAAUCCACCUGAAGAUCUUGGAGGAGGAGAUCUUUUACAAUUAUUUGAAGAAGCUGGGUUUUGGAGAAUUUUGAGAAACUUGUAUCGUACUCAAGGUAGAUGGGAUCAAGUUUUAAAAAGUUGUGUUGAAGAUACUGAAUGCGGUUUAGGAGUUUUCACUGAAUUACCUGAUAUUCUGAAAUCUGUUGACCAAAGUCAAGAUGAAGAGAUGUGUAAACUGGUGGAUGAAGUGAUCAUGAAUUCGAUUCUUCAAAUGAUUGAUAUUAGCUUACCACUCACUUCAUCACUUAUCGACACCUUACGGCCAAGUCUACAUACUGAAGUGGUUAACAAACUAGAGGGAGCGAAGGAAAAACAAUUUGAUUACCUACGCUCAUUACUGGAACCUCGUGGACUUUCUGAUUUCGAAUCCGAGUUCUCACAAGGACCUAUUCUACCUUCAAACCUAGAUGACCGAUCUAAAUUGAUCUAUGUGAAUCUCUUAUGCGAACGUGAACCGAGCCAUGUACUUGAGUUUUUGAAACAAUCUGUUCCUUUAAUCAAGGAUGGGAAUGAGAUUGUGAAUGCAUGUAAAAAAUUCAAUAUAGAUGAUGGAUUAGUUUGGCAAUUAGAUCAAGUUGGAAAAACUAGAGUUGCGUUUGAUGAAUUGAGUUUGAUUAUGAAAGAACAAACUGACCAAAUUCUUCAAUCACUUGACUCAGAGAAAGUAGAAGACCAGGAUCAUCAAUCGGCUCAUCAACUAAUCUCUUCUUUCACUCAACUUACUCUUGUGGCUAUGGAAAUAUGUGUUAAGAAUUCAGAGUGCACUCAAGAUCAACUAACUGGAGAAGAUUGUUGGUUCAAUUUGUUAUCAUCUUUGAUUCGAUCGAUCCAAACUUGUGCAAAUUUAUCAAAUGAUCUUGAUUUGAAAAGUUGGGUGGUAGAUCAAUUACGAUCACUUUUACCUACCAUUCUUUCUUCUUUGAUUUCUCAUACGAAUUUUUCAAAUCGAAUUUCAUUUUCAAAUUUAGUUAGAAGAUUAAUUGAAUCAACUGGUGAAAGAAGAAUUAAAGAAAGCCAAAACCAAAGAACAAAUGAGUUUAGAAGUAUUGUGAUGACUAUUUUGGAUACGUAUAGGUUUGAAGGUAGUGUUUUAGAAGUAACAAGUAGGUUAAUUGAUCGAGAUUUAUUUGAACAUGUAAAAGAAUUAAGUCAAGCGAAACAAAAAGGUAUAAGACCUAAUCAAAGGAAUUGUUAUUAUUGUAAAAGGAAUGUA